GCCAAGAAAACCACGCCCAGUCCACGCUAAUCACUGGCCUCGCAGCAAACCUCCAGCCUGUGCUGCCCCCGCUGGUGGCUACACGACACUUCACCCUCGGCUGCCCCGCCUCGUCUCCGUCAUCCUCCCGCUAUAUAUAGCUGCCCUCCUCGAGUCUUCCUCCCCCAUCGCCAUCUCCAGCGGAGAACCAACCAGAGCAUCCUCAACGACAGCGCAGCACACGAGCCGGAGCGGAGCGGAUCGAUCGAAGCAGCACAGCAGCAUACUGCGCAAGAUCACAUCGCGAGCAGAAGAAGUUAGGAAUCCUACCGCACACAAUGGGCAUCUGCGUGUCGUGCGACGCGGCGGACGAGGGCGCGGCGACGGCGAGGGUAGUGCUCCCCAGCGGCGAGCUCCGGGAGUACGCGCCGCCGGCCACGGCGGCAAUGGCUCUGGAGGAGGUCGGCGGGCAGGGGUCGUGGUUCCUCUGCGACGCCGACGGGAUGGUGUUCGAGGGCCCCGUCGCCGUCGCGGCGGUGGCACCCGGCGAGGAGCUCCAGCCGGGGCAGAUCUACUUCGUGCUCCCCGCCGAGAUGCAGCGCCGCCGCCUCACCCGCGAUGAGGUGGCCAAGCUCGCGGUCAAGGCCAGCUCGGCGCUCGUCAAGGCCGCCGCCGAGGCUGCAGCCGCCCAGCCGUCCUCCCCCUGCCGCCGCCGCCGGCGCGGCGCGGUGGCGCCGCUCGUGUUCCCGGUCCCCGAGGAGGAGUACGCGGCGGCGGACCCGGUCUCGCCCGUCUCGCCGCGGGUGGCCGCCGCGCAGAAGCGGAGGGUGGCGUGCCGCGGCGGGAGGGCUGCGACGAGGUUCUCCCCCGACCUGACCGCCAUCCCGGAGAGCGAGUAGCAGAGAGCCUCUCCACGCCGCCGAUCCCGCUGCAUCGUCUCUGGUGACGGGUCGCUCGCCGGUGGUUGACCGGACGGUGUGGCCGCGCCGGAGAUCGAUCUCGAGGAAGCGGGAGGUGCUCUACACGGAUCGGAGAAGCGGGCGUAGCGGUUUUUGGCGCCGUUAGUUUGGGCGGCAAAAAAGAUGAGAGUUGCCUAGGUAGAUGCAAGUGUAAAUACGCGGAAUACCUGUGGAAAACGUGCAGUGUGCAGUGCUCAGUCACAGUUUGGAACUCAGCUGUUUUUAGUGCUUGUGUUCAGGCUCUGUCUCGUGCAUCUUUCUUCGAAUAAAAUCUCUCGUUGUGACUUAUCGAAAUCAA